AGCCGGCGUUGCGCGCCGUCGCCCCCGCUGUGGCCGCCGGCUCGCGGGGCCGCGCCGCCCGUCCCGGCCCCUCCCGUCCUGUUCCGGCCCGACCCCGGAGCGGCGCGGCGGGAUGGCGGGCGGCGGGUACGGCCGGUACCGGGCCGUGAUCUUCGGCGCCAUGUUCGUGGGUUACACGCUCUACUACUUCAACCGCAAGACCUUCUCGUUCGUCAUGCCCGCCGUCAUGGCCGAGGUGCCGCUGGGGAAGGACGACCUGGGUCUCAUCACCAGCAGCCAGGCCGCCGCCUACGCCGUCAGCAAGUUCAUCAGCGGCGUCGUGUCGGACCGGGCGAGCGCCCGCGGGCUGUUCGCGGCGGGGCUGCUCAUGGUGGGGCUGGUCAACGUCCUGUUCGCCCGCAGCGCCGGCGUCGCCGCCUUCGCCGGGCUCUGGUUCCUCAACGGGCUGGCGCAGGGGCUGGGCUGGCCGCCCUGCGCCAAGGUCCUGCGCAAGUGGUUUGAGCCUUCCCAGUUCGGGACAUGGUGGGCGAUCCUGUCUGCAAGCAUGAACCUGGCCGGGGGCCUGGGCCCCAUCGUGGCGGCGCUCGUGUCGCUGCACUACGACUGGCGCACGACCCUCUCCUUCUCCGGCUUCCUCUGCGUCGUCGUCUCCUUCGUCUGCCUCGUCCUCAUCAAGAACGAGCCGUCGGAUGUCGGGCUGCCCAACAUCGAGCCCGGAGCCAAGAAAGGGAAGAAAGGUUCCUCCAGCGACAACAGCACUUUGACGGAGCUGCUGCUCUCGCCGUACCUCUGGGUGCUCUCCACGGGCUACCUGGUCGUUUUCGGGGUGAAGACGUGCUGCACCGACUGGGGACAGCUCUUCCUCAUCCAGGAGAGGGGACAGUCCGUGCUCGUGGGCAGUUCCUACAUGAGCGCCUUGGAGGUCGGGGGGCUGGUGGGGAGCGUCGCCGCCGGGUUCCUGUCUGACAGAGCAGUGGCAAGAGCCGGACUGUCGAGCUACGGGAACCCUCGGCACGCGCUGCUGCUCUCCAUGAUGGCCGGGAUGUGCGCGUCCAUGUUCCUCUUCAGGGUCACGGUCACGGGCGACUCUCCCCAGGACAAUCACUUCUGGACUGCAGCCUUGCAGCCUCUGGCUGGUCUCACAGGCCUAAAAGAACAUGAGCUCUGGAUCCUGACGCUGGGAGCCGUGUUCGGGUUCUGCUCGUACGGGCCCAUCGCGCUCUUCGGGGUCAUCGCCAACGAGAGCGCCCCCGCCAACCUCUGCGGCACCUCCCACGCCAUCGUGGCCCUCAUGGCCAACGUUGGGGGCUUUCUGGCCGGCCUGCCCUUCAGCACCAUCGCCAAGCACUACAGCUGGGCCACGGCCUUCUGGGUGGCCGAGGUCACCUGCGCCGGCAGCACCGGGGUUUUCUUCCUCCUGCGCAACAUCCGCACCAAGAUGGGCCGCGUCCCCAAGAAGGCCGACUGAGGAGAGCGCGGCGCUCGCUCUUCGUUCAGCCGGCCGCGGAGCGAGUUCACCUAUUGCCGCAACCUCGCUUUCUCAUCACGUGCCCGAGGGCGCGCGGUUCCUGCUGCCCAUCACUUUCUUCCCUCAAGAUGUGAUAAUUCAGCUCGUUUACAUUCGCGAUGAUUUAACGUACCUCUUCCUGGCAGCGCCGCCGCUGAAGCGAGCGGCACCGCCGGAGCUUCCCCGCUCAAAGUUCCCUGACGUGACCUCAGGUAAUGUCACACGCAGUUUUGCGCUCGCUGUUCGUCUCUGCAAUUAACUGCCAGUUAAUGAUUUGCGAGGGGCAGCAGCUGCCGUGUCAGCUGGAAAAAUCAGCCGGGAAAGCUGACCCGGCAGCUCCUGCCAGCCCGCUUUCCGAAAAACCACCUUUCUAGCCUCAGAUUGUACUUUUUCAGUGUGGGGUUCGUGAUGACCAGACUCAGGUUUUUAACUGGAAUUUUGUCAGAUGUUGUUUUUACCCCCAAAGGAUUUGCUGCUUCAGGGCCCCGGAAGGGGCGAGUUCAGCUUGCGAGGGACCCGCGUGCGGGUCCUCUGCCCGACAGCGUGGUUGCAAGAGUAGGUAGCCAGCCUUAAUUAAAACAAUGGAAAUUAAUUACGGUUUGUACUGAAUUACAUGAUCUUUGACUAUCUGUGAAAUAAAAAUGGAGCACGGUCA